UCGUUUAUUAAAACCUGGGCUGCAAAAAAGUCACCAGUCAUGUCAAACACGGAUAUUUUAGUUGUAAAACUAUUUUAAGUAUUCUUAAUGAGAAUUUUGAAACUCUGAAAAAACAGUCAAUAAAGUUUUGAUACAAGUUUAAGUAUUUGUUUUGAUAAGAGUUUUUUUUAUUGCUUUGAGAAAUGUUGCGACGAGUAUAAGUCGAACUGCAAUUUUAAUCACCAUUAUGUAAAAUGUCAGCGAAGAAAUCAUCAGGGGAAAUGAAGAACAAAACUAUAAACACUCGUAAAAAUACACGAAGAAGUUUAAGAAAUGCUAGUAUAAGCAAUGGAGAUGCAGACAUGACUAAAGAAAGAAACGGACAACGAAUAGAGUUGGAAUCUAAGGUUGAAGAAGAUGCUAUUUAUGAUCAAAAUGUAGAUGGAGACUUUUACAAGGAUUUAAUAGAUUUGCUUCCUCUAUCUGAGUUAAACUGCUCUCCAGUUGAAUGCCCAGCACCUCCUGGCACAAGAGUAAACUUACAUGGAGUAAUUCUACAUGAGACACUCGGUGGUUUGGUUGUGUUAAAUGUAAGAUGGAGAAACAAAGUUUAUUCUGGUGCUUUAAUUGAUGUGGAGAAAAACAAAUGGGCAACAGAAAAAAUACCAUGUGAUCCACCGUGUGCACAGGAUGGUAAACAAAUUCCACCACCCCCACCAAUUAAAAAAAUUAAAAUCACAACAUCCAAUAUGCAAGUUGCUGAUGACAGUGAUUCAGGGUCUAGUAAAAAAAGAAAUAUCCCAAGCCCUACAACUCCAUCAAAAAAUUCAAAGUUUGCUCGAGGCAAUAAUAAGAAACGCCCCAAUCAAGACCAGUUACCUUCUAGUUUAAAUGGGGAUGAUUCUCCUUUAAAGAAAAAUAAAGCAAAGCUUUGUUUUGUAAAUGGUAGUGAAUCAUUAUUUGAAUGUCCUGAUCCAAACUGCCGAAAAAGAUAUAAAAACAAAAAUGGUUUAUCAUAUCAUCAAAAAACUGCACACUCUUUAAAGAAUGAGUCGUGUGAUGAUUCUACCAAGGAAAAUAAGAGUGACUCAGAUAGUGGCGAUGAUCAGUUUGUUAUUGAUGAGAGAUCAUGUAGUGAAAUCAAGAAAGAAGAUGAUGAACAAAAUCGAUUAAAUACUCCUGCUGAUUUUGAAAUAAAGCAAGAUGAUACUAAGGAGUUCAAAAAUGAUAUUGAAAAAUUAAAGAUAGAAGAAGCAGAGAAAUCUUCUUUGCUAUCUAUAAAACAAGAGGAAGUUGUAGAUUAUCAAGCGUUAUUUGAAAGCAGAGAUGAGCAUAUGAAUGGUUUAAGAAUAAAAGAAGAUCAAUUUAAUAAUGAAAAUGCAUCAUUUGCAGGUGUUUUAAAUGAACCUGAGUCAAAAACUUUCUGUGAUGAUCAGGUAAACCGCAGAUUUAGCAGUGGUCCAACACAUAAUCUAUUACAAUUAAAUAAAACAAACAAAGAGGGAAAAACAUCACCAUAUUUAAGUCAGCACUCAACAGUUCAUGCAAGUCAGUUUAGUAAUUUUAAUAAAAUGUUUACUCAUAACGAACAUUUUAGCCAGUUUAGUCCUACAAUUACUAAUAUAGUCUCUAAACCAGUUUUUGAAAAUGAUGUUGAUGCUUCUGAUAAAAUUAAUGUUUUAGAAUCAAUGAGAUAUACAGCUCCUACCAAAUUACCUGUUGUUAAUCAAAUACACAAUGAAACCACUUUUUCUCCAUCUUUGGAAAGAGAUGUAUCAUUUGUUAUGACUGCAUCUAAUUUGGAUGUAGUUGGUACAUCUGACAAUGAACAAACUCCCCCACCUGAAAGUAUUUUGAUAAAUUGUCAUAAAAUUUACCACUUAGAUGAACGUAAUGUACCAUUGCAUACACCAAAUUUAUGUUUUUCAGGAGAAAUGUACAAGAACAAUUUGUUUCAAGAAGAUAAAAAAGUUUUUGAAAAGUCUCUACUUUUUAAAGAAUUAGCAGAAAAUUCAUCGUCUUCAACCAAUACUGUCUCAAAUACUCAAACUUCCCCUCAGCAACAUAGUGCUUUUAAAAUUACUGAUGUUUCUCAACUACCUAAUAAAGACAUGCAAGAUUUUUCUUUUGAGUCAAAAAACAUUCCACCAAACUUGCUUAAUCUUCUCAAGCAGGAUUGUGACAGUAAGUUUGACUGCAGUUCUUCUGAUGUUAUUGAUAAUAAAAAGAAUUUUUCAGAGCAAAAUUUGGUUAUUCAGUCUAGUGGAAAAAAAGAGGUUUCUUUUGGGGAUUUUACAUCUAAUGUAGUUACAACUGCUGCAGGUGCUCUUCCACAUGUUGAACGAAAUGUAGAUUUUCCUGAAAAACAAACACUAACAAAUACUUCUUUUAGCGUUCAUGAUAUAAGAAAGCAGCGAGUUUGUGAUGAAGAAGUUGGUUAUACAUGGUCUACUGGUUUACUUGAAUCACCUAAAGAUCAUCAAUAUUUUGAAAUGAUUAAACAUCCUCCUUUGUCAAGUUCUUUUCACAUGCAGGUACCUGCAGCUAAUAACUUAUCUGAUGAUAAAAAACGUAGUAUUAAUCCUGUUCCUAUUGCGCCUAUCCCUAUCGCAAUUCAGCAUCUUCAAGAUUCAAUUGGUUCAUCCCUAGAAGCAGAUCAGCCGCAUAUGUCACGUUUUACUCUCACCAAUGAUAGACUUGUUCACAAUCCUAUUGAAAAUCGUGGUCGACCACGUAAGUUUUGUUCUGAAGUAGGUAAACAACCUUCUUUAGUUGAUCCUGUUGAACAAGGAAAAGGGAUGUUUGGAUUUUCAGAAGCAACUUCUUUGCGCAAACAGAGUAGUGCGAUGCGAACAAGUGUCAUCCAAGGAGCAAAUUUGAGUAUGGAAGAGUCUAUCAAACUAUCAGAGAGAAGUAAUGAUGGCCGUCAUGCUAUGCCCCGUCCUCAAUCUCGAUCUACUCAACUUUACGAUCGAUUUCCAUUACAUUCACUUGAUGGAAAAACUACUGAUAUGCGAGUUGACCGUUACAAGGAUCUCUCUCCUCCUCCGCGUAUGUUUCUACCCGCAAAUGGUUCUAAAAAUAUUAUAACUCCUCCGCAUUCCAGAGCUCCUUCUCACUCCCCACGUGACUCAAUAGGACACUCAUCUAAUUUCAAUGCUGACAUUCUUUCUAAAACGCAAUAUGAACAUGCAACUAGAGAAAGAUUUGAAAAAAUGUCAAGCCCGAAUUUUUAUGAACGUCAAAGAAGCAAGCAAACUUUAGUUCGAAACAUUUCAGAACAUUCACGCAUUGCUAAUGAUCAGAGACUAGGUGAUGUCCUUCGUAAUAAUACUUUUAUGAACACAUCUCCGCAUGAUACUAUACAAGCUAUGCAGUCGUACUCGCGAAAUCACGAUAUGGAUAAAGAUCAACAGCGUAUUACUGAUUAUAGAUAUCGUUAUCAGACCUCGCCUGGUAUUAGAAUUGAUGGUAUUUCAAGUCGCAAUGAAAAUAGGACUGUUUUUGAUCAUAGGGUGCCAAAAAUGGAGGAUGGGGAACAAGCCCGGCUUCGUGAACGGUUUUUGCAUCAAAACACUAUGCAGACUGGGCUAAAUUCGAUUUCCCCUAGUGCAGCGCACUCAACCGUCCCGACCAAUCGAUCUUCGACAAAUUUAGUGCUUACAAGAGUAGAUGGUGCAUUUUUAGGGCCGUUGUCUUAUGAAAAUAGAACUGAACAUAAGAGAUAAUUUUCUACAUUAUAACAUUCGACUUUGAUAGCCAAUCACUUUUUGCCAAGCCAUAAAACGCGAGGUGCAAGUCUUUAUAUUUUUUAGAGAUUUUUCUGAUUUUUUUUAGUUUUAAAA